AUGGCAACUUCAUUAACAGAAGAUCAGAUUGCUAAAUUUCGGGAAGCUUUUUCUGUAAUUGACAAGGACUCUGAUGGAUUCAUUACUUUGGAAGAGCUUAUAGCAAUUUUACAACAAUUAGAUGGAAAUUCAACAAAAGAAGAAGUCCAAGAAAUGAUUAGUGAAGCUGAUAUUGAUGCAAAUGGGAUAAUAAAUUUUGAAGAGUUCUUGACUUUUAUGGGAAGGAAAAUCAAGGAAAAUCAGGCUGAGGAGUUAAAAGAUGCAUUUAAAGUGUUUGAUAGAAAUAAUGAUGGAUACAUAUCAGCCACUGAGCUGAGACAUGUGAUGAUGAAAAUGGGAGAGAGGUUAACAGAUGAAGAAGCUGAAGAAAUGAUAAGAGAGGCAGAUUUGGAUGGUGAUGGUCAAGUCAGCUAUGAAGAAUUUGCAAGAAUGAUGUUGCUCAAUUGA